AUGACGUCUUUAUCUACAUCCACGACAGGAGCAGGCAAAUCGGCCGUUCCUCUCAAUCCAGACAAAGCGAUACGAAUUCAACGAGCCAAUGAAUAUCCACACGAGGUGUGGUUCUUCUUGGCCUGUUUGAUAGCUCUUGUCGCUGUGUCCCGUCUCCUAUCAUUCGUCUGUUCAAAGGUUUCGAGACACAACGGCCUCUCGUCCCAGGACCCUGAAAAGAGCUCUAGUCACUCCAAAGCAGUGGUAAAUUUUCGAAACUUGCCUCUAGCUCUAAUAAACCUUUUUCGUGUGGUGGCCUUCCGCUUCACCCUCGACUUUGGUUCCUAUAGUCUCAAUCUGACGGAAGUCAUACUUACUUUGAUGUAUAUGGCUGCGCUGUUUACAUGGACGUUCAUCAAUACUACAAAUGUCUCUGGUGGCAAAUUUGAUGUGUCAUACUGGAGCAAUCGUGCAGGAGCUCUUAUCGCCAGCCAGAUACCCUUGAUCACCGCUCUCGGGACAAAAAACAACAUCAUUACUUUUAUUACAGGAGUUCCCUACGAAAAGUUAAACUAUCUCCAUCGUAUGGCUGCACGUGUUGUUUUUGUCUUGGUCUGGGUCCAUGCAGGCGCCAAGGUCAGUUCCAAAGACCCAGAUGAGCUUGACCAAACGUGGCUACGCUGUGGAAUCCUAGCUGCAUCGAGCUUAACGUCUUUGUGCAUAAUCUCUGUUAGGCCUGUACGUUCUCGGGCUUAUGAAUUCUUCUUUUACACCCAUCUGGUCUUGGUUCUGUUGUUCCUCGUAGGAGCUUACCGUCACUCUGAGGAGUUUUCCUACCAAACCUACGUUUGGCCUUCAUUUGUAAUUUGGGGAGUUGACCGCAUUGUUCGUGUCUUUCGAUUAGUGGUAUUCAAUCACUCCUACUUUGGUUUUGGCUCAGGCGCGGGAACGGCACUCGAUGCUACCACUGAGCUUCUCACGCCGAAAUGUGUCCGUCUGACGCUCAAGAGGCCACCACACUUCAAGUGGGCCCCAGGCCAAGUCGCGUAUCUUAUUACUCCUGGAGUGUCUUCACUCCCAUUCGAAUCUCAUCCGUUCACGAUUGCAAGUUAUGAUUCCCAAAUGAGUUUGAAAGAAAUUACAUCCUCCGCUGCAUCGACGGAUUCGGACUUGAAUUCGACCCCUACCACAUCCUCUUAUUGGAAGGAACUGGUCUUCCUCAUCAAUGUUCAAGAAGGGUUCACCAAGCGCCUUGGAGAUAUAGCAGCCAGGAAGGGAUCAGUGAAGGUAUACAUUGAUGGACCUUAUGGCUGUAGUCACAACUCGAACUUGCACGAUACAAUCGUGCUCAUUGCUGGUGGUACAGGAGUCUCUCACACACUUCCGAUAUUACUAAAUACUAUCGAAGGCGUCCAGAAUGGGAAGAGUGCCUGUAAGCGUGUCACCUUCAUUUGGUGUAUACGUGAUUCCAGAAACAUAAACUGGAUAUCCUCAGUGCUAGCCAAAGCCCUCUCCAUCACCCCCGACUCUUUGAAAGUCGAUGUCCGUAUUUUUGUCACUGGAUCCGAUGUUCCGGAUUUAGGCUACGAAUUGCCAGAAGCAACUCCGUCUACUUCCAGUGUUGGAUGUGCACAAACACCAGUCUCGGAGAAGGCACCCAAGACCAUUGCAUUCGGAAACCAAUGUGAUGAUCUCAUCGAGAAUUUCCCGUCACUGUCUUCCCUCGCUCCUUUUCGGUCGGUCACGAUGAUGCAGGGCCGGCCUUCACUAGCUACGCUGCUGCAAGGGGAAGCGGAAGAAACUAGGGGAGGAUCAAUGUGGGUCACAGUUUGCGGGUCUCGAUCCAUUGCUAGUGCUGUCCGAAAAGGUCUUCGAUUCCCUGUAGCUGGACCUUCAACGCUGUUGCGUGGUGGGGCGACUGUGUCUCUGCAUGUAGAGUCAUUCGGAUAUGCAUAA